AAGGAAACAUAAGAUGACAUGCAUAUAUAUUGGCGCGCGCAGCACACGGAGACAGAAAUACAUUCAUAACACACAUAGAGGAUAGAGCAGCGGCUGCCUCCCGCGAGCAGGAUCGAGCUCCGUCGAUCGAGCUGCCAUGGCAGCAGCCAGCGCUCUUCUCAUGGCUGCUCUCGCGGUCUUCGCCGCGGCCGCCGCCGCGGCGCUGGACACGUCGCCGGUGCCGUUCGACGCCGGGUACGCGCCUCUCUUCGGCGGCGACAACCUCGUCCGGUCGGCGGACGGCCGGAGCGUCACGCUCAAGCUGGACCGAUACACCGGGUCUGGGUUCGUGUCAAAGUCGGCCUACCGCCAUGGCUUCUUCGGCGCUUCCAUUAAGCUGCCCGGCGACUAUACCGCCGGCGUCGUCGUCGCUUUCUACCUAUCGAACUGGGACGAGUACCCCAAGAACCACGACGAGCUGGACUUCGAGCUGCUGGGCAACCGGCGCGGCCACGGCUGGCGUGUCCAGACCAACAUGUACGGCAACGGCAGCACCGCCCGCGGCCGAGAGGAGCGUUACCAUCUCCCCGUCGAACCUACCGUCACCGGCGUCCACCGCUAUGCCAUUGCCUGGACCCCCAACAACAUCGUCUUCUACCUCGACGGCGUUCCCAUCCGUGAGGUUGUCCGCGUUCCCUCCAUGGGCGGCGACUUCCCCUCCAAGCCCAUGUCCGUGUACGCCACCAUCUGGGACGGCUCCGCCUGGGCGACCGACGGCGGCAAGUACAAGGUCGACUACGCCUACGCGCCCUUCGCUGCCGAGUUUUCCGACCUCGUCCUGAGCGGCUGCGGCGCCGGCAACGUCGCCGACCCCGAGGGGUGCCAGGUCGACCUGCUCACGCACGACGUCGCAGUCAUGGCACCGGCCAAGCGCGCCGCCAUGAGAGGGUUCCGCGAGCAGCACCUAACCUACACGGCGUGCCGCGACAGGGUGCGAUACAAGACCACCGUCUUCCCCGAGUGUGACGACCUCGCCGACGGCGACUCCAGCUUCCACCUCUGGGGGGAGUCCAAGAAGAGGCGCCGCCGGUCGUCCUCGCCGCUGCAGUACUCUUCCAGCAUGCAGUAGGUUAUGGUUUCCGAUCGAAUGAGUCGAGUCGAUCGAUGCAUGGCAUGGUCAAGUAGUUUUGUCGACCGAGGUUCGUUCAUCUAUCGGAAAUGUACACAGUACAGUACACAGGAGGAUUAAGAUUUUUUUUGUUGGGGAAAUCUAGCUAGAAGCGCCGCUCAGCGGACUUUUCAUGCGGCGGGUGCAAUGGAUAGGCACCCGGUCUCGCGCCGCCUGUUAUACUUCUGUAUGUGUCGCUGUCGUGCUACAGUAUUUUUGUUAAUCACUACAAAAGUCAUGUAAGCAAA